UAGGGGUAUUAUGAGCUGUCUUUCUAUUAAUCACCUAGGUGAGGUGACACACCUCUUCUGCCUGGGACCUGUCAAAAAAGUAUUGUUGGUAUCACUGAGCCCAGCACUAGGUGAUGUGACUCUCUCCCAUGCUUGGGCCCGGCCAAUUGGGGUGUUUGCUACAUACAGCUCAGCCCACCCCCCAGGUCACGUGAUUCUUUUUUUCCUGAGUCCUACCCACAGAGAGAAUUUGGACCUAUUUUUGGGCCCAUCAUUUAGGUGAUAUGAAACUUCACGGGCCCUCCCCGCGAGGUGUAGUGUGACACAUUGCUAAACCCAGUACACAGGUGAUGUGACUCUCCUCUGUGGGUUGGGCUUUGCCCAAGCAGGGACUGUGAUGUGUUGCUGGGCCCACCACUCAACUGCUGUGAUUCUUCUCUUCUGCCUAAGCCCUGCGUACAUCAUGUAUUGUGCCAUAUACUUGGAUUUAGCACCCAGGUGAUAGAACUUUAUAUCAUGAGACCUGCCCACAGUAUUAUGACAUAUCUCUUUUUCUUUUUUAAUUUUUGAGAUGGAGUUUCUCUCCUGUUUUCCGGGCUGUAGCGCAAUCUUGGCUCUCGGCAACCUCUGCCUCCCAGGUUCAAGCAAUUCUCCUUCCUCAGUCUUCUGAGUAGCUAGGCAUGCGCCACCACGCCUGGCUAAUUUUUUGGUUUUUGGUUUUUGUUUUUAGUAGAGAAAAGGUUUCUCCAUAUUGGUCAGGCUGAUCUCAAACUCUCGACCUUAGAUGAUCUGCCCUCUUCAGCCUCCCAAAAUGCUGGGAUUACAGGCGUGAGCCACCGCACUUGGACCUGUGAUGGGGUCUUUUUAUGUUAGCCAGGUUGGUCUUGAAUUCCUGGCCGAGGCUGUUCUACCUCAAUUUCUUCAAUUUUUUUUUAUUACAAGUGUAAGCCACCAUACUUGGCCUACUUCUCCAUUAGAUUUCUCAUUUUGUUUCAUACAAAAUUUUCAGUUAUCUAUUUAUCUUUUUUUAUUAUUUUUUGAGACGUCUCUGUCACUCAGGCUGGAGUGCAGUGGUGCGAUCCUGAGAAUAGCCGCUUUACACAGGAUGCUUGAGGAGCCUAAGAUGAGCAACUUUGGCCAACAUAAUUCAUGCAUAGCCAUUCCCAGCCCCCGCUGCCCCCGAUUCCUAAUGGCCUCCCACGAUGUGGUCAGCAGUGGGGAACAGCAUGGUCCUGGGAGACGCGCAGCUAAGAUGCCAGGAGACUCUGAAAGCUGCGAAACAGGGCCGUUGACAUUUAGGGAUGUGGCCAUCGAAUUCUCUCUGGAGGAGUGGCAAUGCCUGGACACUGCUCAGCAGGAUUUGUAUAGAAAAGUGAUGUUAGAGAACUACAGAAACCUGGUCUUCUUGGCAGGUAUUGCUGUCUCUACGCCAGAUUGGAUCACCUGUCUGGAGCAAGGAAAAGAUCCCUGGAAUAUGAAGAGACACAGUGUGGUAGUCACACCCCCAGUUCUUUGUUCUCAUUUUGGCCAAGACCUUGGGCAAAGGCCAGGCAUAAAAGAUUCUUUUCAAAAAGUGAUACUGAGAGAAUAUGUAAAAUGUGGACAUAAGGAUUUACAGUUAAGAAAAGGCUGUAAAAGUGUGAAUGAGUGUAAUGUGCACAAAGAAGGUUAUAAUGAACUAAACCAGUGUUUGACAAGUAACCAGAGCAAAAUAUUUCAAUGUGAUACAUAUGGGAAAGUCAUUCAUAAAUUGUUAAAUUCAGAUAGACGUAAGACAAGACAUGCUGGAAAGAAACCUUUCAAAUGUAAACAAUGUGGCAAAUCAUUUUACAUGCUUUUACAUCUAAGUCAGCAUAAAAGAAUUCAUGUUAGAGAGAAUUCUUACCGAUGUGAAGAAUGUGGCAAAGCCUUUUACUGGUUCUCAACCCUUACUAGACACAGGAGAGUUCAUACUGGAGAGAAAUCUUACAAAGAUGAAGAAUGUGGAAAAACUUUUAACCAGUCCUCAACUCUUAGUAGGCAUAAGAUAAUUUAUGCUGGAGAGAAACACUACAAAUGUGAAGAAUGUGGCAAAGCUUUUAAAUGGUCCUCACACCUUACUAAACAUAAGAAAAUUCAUAGUGGAGAGAAACCUUACAAUUGUCAAGAAUGUGGCAAAGCCUUUAAUGUGUUCUCAACCCUUACUAGACAUCAGAGAAUUCAUGCUGGAGGAAAACCCUACAAAUGUGAAGAAUGUGGCAGAGAUUUCAGUAUAUUUUCAACCCUUGCUACACACAAGAAAAUUCAUAUUGGACAGAGACCCUACAAAUGUGAGGAAUGUGGCAAAGAUUUUAACUGGUACUCACACCUUACUACACAUAAGAGAAUUCAUACUGGAGAGAAACCCUACAAGUGUGAAGAAUGUGGCAAAGCAUUUAGUGUUUGCUCAACCCUUACGACACAUAAGAGAAUUCAUACUGGACAGAGACCCUACAAAUGUGCGGAAUGUGGCAAAGCUUUUAAUUGUUACUCACACCUUAGUAGACAUAAGAAAAUUCAUACCAGAGAGAAACCCUACAAAUGUGAAGAAUGUGGUAAAGCUUUUACCCUGUCCUCAUACCUUAGUAGACAUAAGAGAAUUCAUACUGGAGAAAAACCGUACAAAUGUGAAGAAUGUGGCAAAGCCUUUACCGUACUUUCAACCCUUACUAAACAUAAGAUAAUUCACACUGGAGAGAAAACCUACAAAUGUGAGGAAUGUGGCAAAGCUUUUAACCAGUUCUCACACUUUACUAAACAUAAGAAAAUUCAUCCUGGAGAGAAGCCCUACAACUGUGAAGAAUGUGGCAAAGCUUUUAAUUGGUACUCACACCUUACAAGACAUAACAGAAUUCAUACUGGAGAAAAACCCUACAAAUGUGAAGAAUGUGACAAAGCCUUUAGUUUAUUCUCAAACCUGACUACACAUAGGAGAAUUCAUUCUGGAGAGAGACCCUACAAAUGUGAAGAAUGUGGCAAAGGCUUUAAGCAGUCCUCAACCCUUAAGGAACAUAAGAAAAUUCAUAGCAGAGAGAAAUCCUAUAAAUAGGAAGAAUGUGAUAAAGCUUUUAACCACUUCUCAACCCUGACUACAUGUAAGAUAAUUCAUUCUGGAGGGAAACCCUAUGAAUAAUGAAGAAUGUCUCAAAGCUUUUUAUUGAUUCUCAUACCUUAACAUAAAAUAAUUCAUACAGGAGAGAAAUCAUAAAAUGUGAAGAAUGUAGCAAAGCUUUUAACAAAUCCUCAUCCAUUACUAAACAUAAUUCAUACUGGAGAGAAAAUCUGCAAAUGUGAGGAAUGUGGCAAAGCCUUUAAGCAAUUCUCCCAACUUACUACACAUAAGUUAUACUGGAGAGAAGCCUUAGAUAUGUGAAAAGUGUGGCAAAGUUUUUAACCAAUCCUCAACUCUUACUACUCAUAGUAUAAUUCAUGCUGGAGGGAAACGCUACAAACAAGACCAGUGUGCCAAAACUUUCAACCAAUACACCUUAUUGUACAGCAAAGCAUUUAUUUUUGAGAAAAAUUGUACAAAUAUAAGACUGUGAGAAACACAUUAAUAUUGGCUCACAUCUUGUGCAUCACCAGAGAGUUCAUACUUAGUAAAAACAUGGUAAGUGCAAUUAUUGCCAAAAGGUCUUUGAGCCGGGUGCGGUGGCUCACACCUGUAAUCCCAGCACUUUGGGAGCCCUAGGCAGGCAGAUCACCUGAAGUCAGGAGCUUGAGACCAGCCUGACUAACAUGGAGAAAGAAACCCUGUCUCUACUAAAAACAUACAAAAUUAGCCAGGCGUGGUGGUGCAUGCCUGAGAAAACAUAAACCUGUGAAGUGAUUAAGAGUAUUUCUGUUGAAGGUGAACAUCACAAAUGUGAAGAGGGCUCUAGUACCUUUACUUGUAUUAGAUCUUAUUGUACGCCUUUUGUACUAGAGGAAAACUGAAGCAGUUGCUCACAAACUUUCCAAAAUUGAACCAGGAAGAAACAGAAGUCUUGCACCAGGCAAAAAUGUGUAAAAUAGAUGAUGAAACUGAAUUAGUAAUAAGAAACCUACCAACCAUAAGAGCCCUGAAUUAUAUAAAAUCACAGACAAAUGUUACCAAAUAUACAAAGAUGAGCUCUUCCUCCUACUGAAUGUACUCCAAAUACUCAAUGUGGGAUUACACCUUAACUCAUUUUACAAAAUCAGUAUUAUCUCGAUACUAAAAUCUAGGGAAGGCACAAAGAAAGGAAACUACAGGCCAAUAGUUUUGGUAAACAUUGAAACAAAAAUCCUCCAUGAAACACUAGCAAUCUGAGUUCAUAAGCAAAUCAAAAGAUUGUUUUGUCACAGUUGUGAGCUUUAUUCAUGUAUGUGAAGAUGUUUCAUCGUAUGCAAGUCAGUAACUGCAAUUCACCAAGUAAAGAUAAUUAAAGCAAAAAGUUACACAAUUAACAGAUGAAGAGAAUGCACUUAGGGAAUUCAAUAUUCAUUCACAAGUAUAUUCUCAACAAAGGAAGUAUUGGCAAAACAUACCUCAAAAUAAUAAGAGACAUAUGAAAAAUCCUCAGCCAACAUACUAAAAACACAAACAGUUGCAUGUAUUCUUCAUUAGAAUAAAAAUGAGACAAGGAUAUCUACUACUGUAACACUCCUAUUGAACGUAAUUGUAGAAUCCUAGUCAGACAAAUCCAACAAAAUUUUAAAAAGCCAGUGGCUCACGCCUAUAAUCCCAGCACUUUGGGAGGCCGAGGCGGGUGGAUCACGAUGUCAUGAGAUCGAGACCAUCCUGGUCAACAAGGUGAAACCCCGUCUCUACUAAAAAUACAAAAAUUAGCUGGGCAUGGUGGUGCGCAUCUGUAGUCCCAGCUACUCGGGAGGCUGAGGCAGGAGAAUUGCUUGAACUCAGGAGGCGGAGGUUGUGGUAAGCCAAGAUCGUGCCACUGCACUCCAGUCUGGGUAACAACAGCGAAACUCCAUCUCAAAAAAACAAAAACAAACAAAAAAAGCAUGUAAGUAAAAAAAAAAAAAAUUAAACUUUCUUUACUGAUGAUAUAAUACUCUACCUAGAAAACCUUUCAAGAAAAAGGUUUCCAGAGCAUUUUGUUUUUAAAAUAUAAAUUGUGACUUAAAUAUCUUCAUUUCUAUGCAUUUUUUUAUUAAUAUGGCUGACAACGUAUUUUUUGUUGUUUUUUAUUUGGUUGUUGUUUUUUGAGACAAUCUCAAAACUCUGCUGGUCUUGAAAUUUUAACUUCAGGUGAUUCGCCCGCCUUGGCCUCCCAAAGUGUGGGAUUACUGUUGUGAGCCACCACACCAGGCCCAGAAACAUCAGUUUUAAGAAAAUACCUUGGGUCAAGGCCAUGACUUUAUUAUUAACAUAAUUGGAGACAAAAUAGUAGUGAAGUCAACGUUGAGACUAAUGAAUGUCUAGCCCCUGGUAAUAAUUUUCUCUCCCCCCCCAACAUGAAAGCACCAUCAUUCUGUAAUCUCUUCCACUUGUAACAGUUUUAAGAACGAAGCUUCUCAUCAAAUUGACCAGCAUAAAAUUUUAUAAAAUUUAACUGUUUUGAUCUGAAAAUUACCAGAAAAGUUGAUAUUUUGAGAUGUAUUAUUUUACUCUAUUCUAUUUAAACACUUCAGAAAAGCUAAACUGCCAAAGCAUGCGUUUAACUUUUUCAGUUUUUCAGCUUGCCAUGUAAAUUCUAAGCCACUGUAAAUAACUACCUUGUAAAGAUGUCUAAUUUAGGCCAGGCACGGUGGCUCACGCCUGUAAUUCCAGCACUUUGGGAGGCCUAGAUGGGCAGAUCCUGAGGUCAAGAGUUUGAGACCAGCCUGGCCAACAUGGUGAAACACCGUCUCUACUAAAAAUACAAAAAUUAACCUGGUGUGGUGGCACAUGCCUGUAGCCCCAGCUACUCAGGAAGCAGAGGUUGCAGCAAGCUGAGAUUGUGCCACUGCACUCCAGCCUGGGCAGCAAAAGUGAGGCUCUGGCUCAAAAAAAAAAAAGCAUAAUUUAUAUCUUGUAUUUAUUUACCUUUACCAUAAAUAUUUAUUAAGCUGUAAUUUUCACAUUUUAUUUUCAUUCUGAUAUCUACAACUAUCUAUAACACCAAUUCCAGUAUUUUAAUAAAUGGAAUGUAUAUAUAUCUUUGCAAAACAUAAAAGGUUGAUACAUUUAUAUCUAUAAGAUUUGUAGAAUUAAUUUCCUAAGGCUCAAGACUUAUAUUCAAAUUGAAUGCUAUGUAAAAUUUCUUACCAGACACACAAAAUAUAAAUUGAAUCAUGAAUGCACUGCUGAUAAUCGAUAUCACAACUUACAAAUGUGAUUUCCAGUUAAAAAGAGAAAAAUAAUGGCCAGGUGUGGUGGCUCAAGCAUGUAAUCUUACCACUUUGGGAGGCCGAGGUGGGUGAAUCACAAGGUCAAGAGAUCGAGAUCAGGCUGGGCGCGGUGGCUCACGCCUAUAACCCUAGCACUUUGGGAGGCUGAGGCGGGUGGAUCACAAGGUCAAGAGAUCGAGACCAUCCUAGUCAACAUGGUGAAACCCUGUCUCUACUAAAAAUACAAAAAUGAGCUGGGCAUGGUGGUGCAUGCCUGUAAUCCCAGCUAUUCAGGAGGCUGAGGCAGGAGAAUUGCCUGAACCCAGGAGGCAGAGGUUGCGGUGAGCCGAGAUCGUGCCAUUGCAUUCCAGCCUGAGUAACGAGUGAAACUCCAUCUCCAAAAAAAAAAAAAAGGAGGAAAAUAAUUGCCUUCCUGGAUUUUCAGUGUGUGCAAAUUACCAUUACAAAAGAUCUGUUUAAUUACAGAUUAUCCAGACAGGUAACACAUCUAAAUAUUAAAUUGACACUACAUUUAAAUAUUUAAAUCUGCAAAAGGACACUAGAACAUACGGUCAAUAAUACCAUGAGCUGCCACAGAAUUUUAAUAGGUAAUACAAAUAACAAUCAGCUCUUUAUGCCACAAGAGAAAACUGGUACUGGUGAAUCUCAUACAUAUGGAAGAAUAAAAUGCAGAAUUCAAUGUAUAAAAAAGAUUGUUUGUACCAGAUCCAUACAUUAUAAUCAUGGGUUUCUGAUAUGAAUAUUAAGUGUUCUCUUAGAGCUUGCAAAAUAUAAUUCCGUUGAUUAUGAGUGAUUAGCAAAAGCCCAACUAUUCAAAUGGUCAUAAAAAUUUUUUGGAAAAUUAUGUAUCUUUUUUGAGACAGAGUUUAGCUCUUGUGACCCAGGCUGGAGUGUAAUGGCGUGAUCUCGGCUCACCGCAACCUCCACCUCCUGGGUUGAGGCAAUUCUCCUGCCUCAGCCUCCUGAGUAGCUGGGAUUACAGGCACACGCCACCGUGCCCAGCUAAUUUUUUGUAUUUUUAGUAGAGACGGGGUUUCACCAUGUUGACCAGGAUGGUCUAGAUCUCUUGACCUCGUCAUCCCACCCGCCUCGGCCUCCCAAAGUGUUGGGAUUACAGGCUUGAGCCACCGCGCCUGGCUAAUUAUGUAUCUUUUUAAAAAGUUGGAAGUGAGACUGUUGCCCAGGCUGGAGUGCAGUGGCACGAUCUGGGCUCACUGCAACCUGUGACUCCAGGGUUCCAGCGAUUCUCAUGCCUCAGCCUCCUGAGUAGCUGGGAUUACAGGCCUGCGCCACUACACCAGGCUAAUUUUUUUGUACUUUUACAGGAAAUAGGGUUUCACUAUGUUGGUCAGGCUGAUCUGAAACACCUGACCUCAUGAUCUCCCUUCCUUGGCAUCCUAAAGUGCUGGGAUUACAGGCGUGAGUGACCGUGCCCACCCAAAUUAUGUAUCUUUUUUAAAAAAAGGUGAAAGUGAAACUUUUGACCACUUAGCAGCCUUAGAAUUUCCUUUUAAUUGUAGUUAGAUGGCAAGAGUUGCAUUUUGGUUGUCAGCCAAUUCGAAAACCAAAGUGAGGUUAUCAGGUAUCAAAUUUUAAAGCAGAUUUUAUUUAAAACUUUUAUUUUUCUUUUUUUUGGAUAUAAGUUUCGUUCUAUCACCAGGCUGGAGUGCAGUGUUAGCAUCUCGGCUCAUUGCAACCUCUGCCUCCCAGGUUCAAAGCUAUUCUUCCGCCUCACCCUCCCAAGUAGCUCACAGGAGGUUGCAGUGAGCCAUGAUCAUGCCACUGCACUCCAAUCUAGGCAACAGAGUGAGACUGUUUAAAAAGAAAAUGAAAAAAGAAAUUAAUUGCCAGAUGCGAUGGCUCACGCCUAUAAUCCUAACACUUGGGGAGGCCAAGUUGGGUGGAUCACCUGAUGUCAGUAGUUCGAGACUGGCCAGAUCAACAUGGUGAAACCCUAUCUGUACUAAAAAUACAAAAUUAGCUGGGCAGUGGCACAUUUACUUGGGAGGCUGAGGCAGAAGAAUCGCUUGUACCAGGGAGGUGGAUGUUACAGUGAGCCAAGAUCACGCCACUGCACUCCAGCCUGGGAAACAGGAGUAAAACUCUGACUCAAAAAACAAAAUAUAAAAGGCACGCACUGUCGACAGGUAAGUGGAAUAAAUUAAUUAGGAUUGUUUUUCUUUGUUUUUAAAAGAAAAAUCUUAGAUUCUUAGUGUGGCAAAUAUAAAACUUGCUAGAAACAAAAAUUAAAUUUUUAAGAGUUAGUGGUAAAUAAUUUUAAUUGUUUAUGAUAUGCUUACAGCACAAAUUAUAUUUCUAUGCAGAAUCUUUUAAGUGUGAGUGUUAAAGGUUGCAGAAUAAUGAAAUGACCUCUGUGAAUUUACAGUUUAGAAAAAUAAUGUCUUUUCUAUGUGAAUUUUACAAUUUGGAGACAUUUCUCACUCAUUUUUUAAUAGUUCUUUUAGUGGGAGAUUAGUCUACAGUUUGUAUUUAUUGAAAUUUUAUUACUGUUAUUUUUUGAGAUGAACGCUUAGUCUGUCACCAGUCUGGAGUGCAGUGGCACAAUCUCGGCUUCCUGCAACCUCUGCCUCCCAGGUUCAAACGAUUCUCCUGCCUCUCUUUUUUUUCUUUUUGCACUCUGCAUCUAUUUAAAUGUUACAGAUGUGAAAUCACAACUAAUUCUACAUACAUACAAAACAUACAUACAUACAUGCAAAAAAAUCAUCAGUGACUACUAUGAAAAUCUCUGUGCCUGCAAACUAGAAAAUUUGGAGAAAAUAAACUUCUAAAUACACACAACUUUCCAAGACUGAACCAGGAAGAAAUAGAACUCUUGAACAGGAAGAAAAUGUAUAAAAUAUAUGAUGAAAGUGAAGUAAUAAUUUAAAAACCUACCAACCUUGAAAGCCCUGGAUUAUAUAAAAUCAUAGCCAAAUUUUACCACAUAUAAAAAGAUGAGUUGGUACUAAUUCUACUGAAUGUAUUAAAAAAAAAAAAACCCAGGUGAAAUUCUACCUUAAUUCAUUAUAUAGAAUCUGUAUCAUCUUGAUAUCAAAGUUUAGUGAAAACCCAACAAAAACAAAAAACUACAGGCCAAUAUUUUUGGUGAACAUUGAAACAAAAACCCUCCAUGAAUACUAGCAAGCUGAGUUCACAGGCAAAUCAAAAAGUGGUUUUGCCACAUCAUGUGAUCAUUAUAUCACAUAUGCAAGGAUGUUUCAGCAUAUACAAGUCACUGUGCGAUUCACUGUACAUAUGUAAUUAAAAAUAAAAUAUAUGAUUAACGAAAUAGAUCCAGAAAAAGCAUUCACAGAAAUUCAGUAUUCAUUCAAGAAAAUAUUCUCAACCAAGUAGGCAUUGAUGAAAUAUAUCUCAAGAUAACAGGAGCCACUUAAAGCAUCUUAAGAAGCAGCAGAAAUUGCUGGGUGCAGUGGUUCACACCUGUAAUCCCAGCACUUUGGGAGGCUGAGAAGUUGAGACCAGCCUGAUCAACAUGGAAAAACCCGGUCUCUACUAAAAAUACAAAAUUAGCCAGGCAUGGUGGUGCAUGCCUGUAAUCCCAGCUACUGGGGAGGCUGAGGCAGGAGAAUUACUUCAACAGGGGAGGCAGAGGUGGUAGUGAGCUGAGCUGGCACCACUGCACUCCAGCCUGGGCAAGAAGGGUGAAACUCCAUCUCAAUUAAAAAAAAAAACAAAAAUACAAAACAUCACUGAACGUAAUCAGAGAGAAUGCAAAUAAAUAAAGGCAUUCUACCCUCAUGGAUUUCAAGAAUGAAUAUAAAAUACCUAUGCUUCCUAGAGAAGCCUGAAAAUGAAGUGUUAUCUUUAUCAAACUGUCUAUAUACCUUUAGGCAGUCUUCCUCUGUCACCUAGGCUGAAGUGCAGUCGUGCCAUCUGAGCUCAUUGCAACAUCCGCCUCACCAGUUCAAGCGAUUUUCCUGCCUCAGGCUCCUGAGUUGCUGGGAUUACAGGUGCCUGCUACCACACCUUAAUUUUGUUACUUUUAGUAGAGAUAGGGUUUUGCUGUGUUGGCUAGGUUGGUCCUAAACUCAUGACCUCAAGUCAGGGCAUAUGACAUCUAUUCUUGAUCUCCCCACCUCAGCCUCCCAAAGUGCUGGGGUUAUAGGCCUGAGGCACCACGCUGGGCCCAACCCCCUAUUAUUUCUGGUAACAAAGCACAGCAACACGAUUUCUUGAAUUGUGCCUGGAUCUUAAUUCAUAAAAGAAAGGUGAAUGCCAUUGAAAGGUGUUUAAUACACUUCCACCAGAAACAAGAAGCAAGGCAGGCCAUUGGGGAGCCUCGCAGAGGCUGUCUCAUGCAGGUGGGGGAGAAGCAGUGCUAUCAGGGAACUGGGACGAUUUCUUUAUGACCGUGAUAGUUGAAAGCAAAAACAUGAGGCUUUUCCCUAUUAAAUAGAAAGUAAAUACUGCAUGUUGGUGUCUGGUUGGAAAUAAUACAUUUGCAGUCUCAUAAGAGCUACCUGACAAAAAGCAUGUAAACAGUGAUUGCUCCUAUGGCCUUCCCUGUGAUUCAGCAGGCUUAUGGAGCAGUUAAGAACAGGAGAUGUCGGCUGGGCACAGUGGCUCAUGCCUGUAAUUCCAGCACUUUGGGAGGCCGAGGUGGGUGGAUUACCUGAGCUCAGGACCAGUCUGACCAACAUGCUGAAACCCCGUCUCAAAAAAAAAAAAAAAAAGAAUAGAUGUCAUAAAAACUAUUAUCAUUAGUGGAAAUACUGAAUUGAUUCAUUUCUUUUAAAAAAAUGUUUUUUUGAGACGGAGUCUUGCUCUGUCAACCAGGCUAGAGUGCAGUGGCACGAUCUCAGCUCACUGCAUCCUCCACCUCCUGGGUUCAAGCGAUUUUCCUGCCUCUGCCUCCUGAGUCGCUGGGAUUACAGGUGCCCACUACUGACUGAGUGCACACCUAAUUUUUGUACUUUUAGUAGAGACAGGGUUUCACCAUCUUGGCCAGGCUGGUCUGGAACUCCAGACCUCGUGAUCCUCCUGAGUUGGCCUCCCAAAGUGCAGGGAUUACAGACUGGAGCCACAGCAUCCCGCAAUUUUUUUUUUUUUUUUUUUUUUUCUUUUUGAGACAGAAUCUCCCUCUUUCGCACAAGUGGGAAAGCAAUAGUGCGAUUUUGUGUAACUGCAGCUUCCAUUUCCCAGCCUCAAGCAAGUCUCCUGUCUCCAGAGUAGCUGGGACUACGGUUGUGUGCCACCACGCCCGGCUAAUUUUUGUAUUUUUAGUAGAGAUAGGGUUUCACAGCUGGCCAGGCUGGUCUGGAACUCCUGACCUCAGGUAAUUCAUCCGUUGGCCUCCCAAAGUGCUGGGAUCACAGACGUGCACCACCAUGCCCAGCUAAUUUUUGUAUUUGUUUUUAGUAGAGAUGGGGUUUCACAAUGUUGACCAGGAUGGUCUCAAUCUCUUGACCUGGUGAUCCACCCGCCCUAGCCUCCCAAAGUGCUGGGAUUAUAGGCGUGAGCCACAGUGCCUGGCCUCACCAUUGAUAUUUUUCAUCUCUGACUUGAAGUUACAAACUAACUCCAGCAGGAAUAUUUAUGAAUUACUAUGGAGCAUCUAUUGCACAGCAAGAACUCUGUUUGCUACAUUUACUUAUAAAAAAUCCUCAUGGGCCAGGCGCGGUGGCUUAAGCCUGUAAUCCCAGCACUUUGGGGGGCUGAGGUGGGUGGAUCACGAGGUCGAGAUCAAGACCAUCCUGGUCAACAUGGUGAAACCCCCGUCUCUAUUAAAAAUACAAAAAACUAGCUGGGCAUGGUGGCGCGUGCCUGUAAUCCCAGCUACUCAGGAGGCUGAGGCAGGAGAAUUGCCUGAACCCAGGAGGCGGAGGUUGCGGUGAGCCGAGAUCACGCCAUUGCACUCCAGCCUGGGUAACAAGAAAAAAAACAAGAUGGAGGCCAGGCGCAGUGGCUCACGCCUAUAAUCCCAGCACUUUGGGAGGCCGAGGUGGGUGGAUCACCUGAGGUCAGGAGUUCAAGACCAGCCUGUCCAUCAUGGUGAAACCCCAUCUUUAAAAAUAAAUAUAAAUAAUUAAUUAAUUAACAAGGUGGAGGCCAGAGGUGAUGGUUCACGCCUGUAAUCCCAGCACUUUGAGAGGACAAGACAGGUGGAUUACAGGGUCAAGAAAUCAAGAUGAGCCUGACCAACAUGGUGAAACCCCGUCUCCACUAAAAAUACAAAAAUCAGCCGGGCAUGGCGGUUUGUGCCUGUAAUCCCAGCUACUCAGGAGGCUGGGACAGGAGAAUUGCUUGAACCUAGGAGGUGGAGGUUGCAGUGAGCUGAGAUCAUGCCACUGCACCCCAGUCUGGGUGACAGAAGGAGACUGUCAAAAAAAAAAAAAAAAAUGGAGGGCUCUAAAUGAAUAGUAAAUUAAUACACUAAUUUUGAAAUUACAGCUAAAAAUUGUGUGCACUUAAUUUCAUAGAAAAAUCUUACCACAGACCAGCUUACAUAAUGCUUCAUAAACCAUAAAACAAACAAAAAAUCUCAGAAACAAAAAUGUAUGGGUCUAGCAUGAGUACCAGGCAAGUAAAUACAAAGAAUUUGCACGGGAAUAUUCAGAACUGUAAGUCAUAGAUUGUACAGUAGUAAACUUAAUACAAAGCAGAAAGUAUACGUUGUUUUCAGCAUUUUUUAGGUUUCUAGUUUUAUAGGUAGUCACCUUAUUAAAAUGAGUUUUGUUUCCAUAUUUCUCUUUUGAAAAUACACAAGCUCAUACACAAACACUUCAUAAUUUUGUUACAUUUGAGGUUUGUCUUUUGACUAAUAUAUAUUUAAUUCUAUGUAAAUCAAAACUAAAAGUCUGUAUGUGUUUGCAGGCAGACAGGCCACAAGUUCAGAGAAAUAUAAGAAAUUUGAAAAAAAAUUAUUAAGAAUUGAAAAAUGGGGAAAGCAUGAUGGCUCACGCCUGUAACCCUAACACUUUGGAAGGCCGAGGCAUGUGGAACACAAAGUCAGGAGUUUGAAACCAGCUUGACCAACACAGUAAAACCUCGUCUCUACUAAAAAUACAAAAUGAGCUGGCUGCGGUGCACACCUGUAAUCCCAGCUACUGGAGGCUGAGACAGGAGAAUCGCUAGAACCCAGGAGGCGGAGGUUGCAGUGAGCCAAGAGGCAAAAUCGUGCCUCUGCAUUAAAAAAAAAAAAAAAUUAAAAAUGAAUUUUAAGGCUGGGUGAGGAGGCUCACACUUGUAAUCCCAGCAGUUUAGUAGGCUGAGGUGGGUGGAUCACAAGAUCAGGAGUUCAAGACCAGCCUGGCCAACAUGGUGAAACCCCAUCUCUACUAAAAAUACAAAAAUUAGCCAGGCAUGGUGGCCGCCUGUAAUCCCGGCUACUCCGGAGGCUGAGGCAGCAGAAUCACUUAAACCUGGGAGACAGAGGUUGCAGUGAGCCAAGAUCACACCACUGCACUCCAGCCUGGGUGACAGAGCAAGGCUCCGUCUCAAAUAAAUAAAUGAAAAUGAAUUUUAUUUAUAAUUAUAUAAUUUUUAUUAUGACCAUAAAAAUAACCCUGUAGUAAAUAACAAUUUAACUAUACACUUAAAAAUAUAAAGUGUAGGCCGGGCGCGAUGGCUCAAGCCUGUAAUCCCAGCACUUUGGGAGGCCGAGGCCGGUGGAUCACGAGGUCAAGAGAUCGAGACUAUCUUGGUCAACAUGGUGAAACCCCGUCUCUACUAAAAGUACAAAAAAAUUAGCUGGGCACGGUGGCGCGUGCCUGUAAUCCCAGCUACUCAGGAGGCUGAGGCAGGAGAAUUGCCUGAACCCAGGAGGCGGAGGUUGCGGCGAGCCGAGAUCGCGCCAUUGCACUCCAGCCUGGGUAACGAGCGAAACUCCAUCUCAACAACAACAACAAAAGCCAUAUAUUGCAUAAAUAUAUACUCAGGUACCCACCAAAAUUAAAAUAAAUUUAAAAGAUUAAAAACAAUAAAAAUUUAACCUAUAGAAACAAUAUUCUUUAACUUAUUUGCAGUUGAAAGCCACAGGCAAAAAAAAAAAAAAAAAUCACUAGAGAUGUUAAUCCAUUAUAUUACUAAAUAGCAUAUUGUUACCACCUUUUACCUAUACCCUUUAGUAAGGUGGGAGAGGUUAAAGGUUGUGGUAUGAUAACACUUCAUUGAAUGGAGAGUAGUAUUUUACAUGUUAAAAAUGUGGAAUUAAACUCUUAACUUCACACAUCAUCUAAAAUUUUAACUAUUGCAUUUAUUAUAUAAAACUGCAAUUAGUAUGAUACUAAUUUUAAAUAAAACAUGUUUUCUUGUCAUGAUAAUACAGACUAUUACUCUGAACACUUACCUCAUGCAUCAGUCAGUAUUACAAGUUAACCCCAAAGAAUCCCCAUUUAGGUUUUCAUUAUGCAUCUUACAUUUUAAUGUCUUUAUCUUUCUAUAGAAAAGAUCAUAAAUAAUGCCACCCAAAAAAAAAUUUGCUGGGCGCAGUGGCUCGCACCUGUAAUCCCAGCACUUUGGGAGACCGAAGUGAGUGGAUCAUGAGGUCAGUAGUUUGAGACCAGCCUGGCCAACAUGGUAAAACUCCAUCUACUAAAAAUACAAAAAUUGGCUGGGCACGUUGUUUCACGCCUGUAAUUCCAGCACUUUGGGAGGACGAGGCGGGUGGAUCGCCUUAGGUCAGGAGUUUAAGACCAGCCUGAAACCCUGUCUCUAUAAAAUGUGUAUACACACACACACAAAUUUAGCCGGGCGUGGUUGUGGGCACCUGUAGUCCUAGCUACUUGGGAGGCUAAGGCAGAAGAAUCGCUUGAACACGGGAGGUGAAGGUUGCAGUGAGCCAAGAUCGUGCCACUCCACUCUAGCCUGGGCAACAGUGCGAGACUGCGUCUCAAAAAAAUAAAUAAAAAUACAAAAUUUUA